AUGGAACUCAGCGGAACCCCAAGAAUCGACUACUUUCGUAAACAGGUGUUGGCUUGGAGAAUCGCUGGCGCCUUUGAUCUCAGCGAGGGAAAAUACUGGAGUUGGGCCAUGGUGUUAAACAUGUUUGUAUUUUUUCCAACGACUUUGCUGAUGAUGUCGCUGUUCAGCAAUGAAAAUCCGAUGGAUAACAACAUAAACUUCAGUCUGACGGUCACAUCGCUGGCCACGUUCUUAAAGUUCUCGAUCUACGUGACCCAACUGACGAAAUUGGUUGAGAUUCAGGAAUUAAUUGCGCAACUGGAUGCUCGACUUUCUGGGGAGGAUCAGUUAGUCCGCCAUCAAAAGAUGACCCGUAAACUGCAAUGGAUGUCCAAGCUGUUCAUGGUUAUCUAUUUAUUUGUUAUAAUGAACAUAGGGAUUUCGUUUGUUUUCAAGAAGGAGAGAAGUUUGCCAUUACCCAUGCGACUUCCCUUCGACUGGAAAAAAUCGAUGACUGCCUACAUUUGGUCGUUGUUACUCGAGGAAAUUGGUAUUUUCUUUCAAGUCCUGGUGAAUUAUGCUGGGGACUCGUUUCCACCUUCAGCAUUGUGUCUGGUUUCCGAACAAUGCCAGUUACUGAUUCUGCGUAUCUCAAACAUUGGAUAUGGUUCGAAGAGUCUUAAGGAAAAUGAGGAGGAUUUGCUUAACUGCAUCAAGGAUCAGAACACACUCUAUCGCUUAUUGGAGGUGAUCCACUCCUUUAUUUCCUAUCCCAUGCUGGUGCAGUUCUUCGUGACUGGGAUUAAUAUUGCAGUGGCCAGUUUUGGCUUAGUUUUCUAUGUGCAAACUUUGGCGGAACGCGUUUACUACGUGUGUUUUCUAUUGGUCUUCACCGUGGAGACCUAUCCACUGUGCUAUUAUGGCACCAUGGUGAAGGAGAGCUUCGCAGAGCUCCACUAUGCGGUUUUCUGUAGCAACUGGGUGGAUCAGAGUGCCGUCUACCGAGGAAACAUGCUGAUCCUGGGGGAGCGGACCAAGAGGCAGCAGCUCCUUCUUGCCGGCGAUCUAGUUCCAAUCCACCUAAGCACCUUUGUGGCCUGCUGGAAGGGAGCCUACUCCUUUUUCACCCUGAUGACCGACAGAGAUAGUCAGGGUUCCUAA